GUGUCGGCGGAGGAGGCGGCGGCGGUGGGGGGCUGCGAGGAUGGUGCUGCUCACCAUGAUCGCCCGCGUGGCGGACGGGCUGCCGCUGGCCGCCUCCAUGCAGGAGGACGAGCAGUCCGGCCGCGAUCUGCAGCAGUACCAGAGCCAGGCGAAGCAGCUGUUCCGCAGGCUGAACGAGCAGUCCCCCACCCGGUGCACGCUGGAGGCGGGAGCCAUGGCCUUCCACUACAUCAUCGAGAAAGGGGUUUGUUACCUGGUCCUGUGCGAGUCUGCCUUCCCGAAGAAGCUGGCCUUUGCCUACCUGGAAGACUUGCAUUCGGAGUUUGAUGAGCAGCACGGCAAGAAGGUGCCGACGGUCUCCAGGCCCUAUUCCUUCAUCGAGUUUGACACCUACAUCCAGAAAACCAAGAAACUCUACAUCGACAGCCGGGCGAGGAGGAACCUGGGCUCCAUCAACACAGAGCUGCAGGACGUGCAGAGGAUUAUGGUGGCCAACAUUGAGGAAGUCUUACAGCGAGGAGAGGCACUUUCAGCUCUUGAUUCCAAGGCCAACAACCUGUCCAGCUUGUCCAAGAAGUACCGCCAGGAUGCGAAGUACCUGAACAUGCGUUCCACCUACGCCAAACUUGCGGCCGUGGCUGUGUUUUUUAUCAUGCUGAUCGUCUAUGUGAGAUUCUGGUGGCUGUGACUUCCUUUUGACACGAAGAGGGAAAGCCGGUGGCCCGGCAGAUGGGUGUGUGUGCGGGACACCGGUCACGGGGGAUGUGCAUUAGAAUCCACGCAGGACCAUCACCUUUAUGCGAGUGUCCUGAAAAUGUUAGGUGGCACCUGAGUACCACACUUCUUAGCGAACCCUAAACCGUAGGUGUAAAGGCUUGUUGUCUACAGGCUUUUCCUCUGAGGCAAUUUGCACUGGGGUGCUGUCGCGGUUGACCUCCCGAGGUUCUGCACCCCUCUGAGGGGUGAGCUCUGGGAGCAGUCAAUCGGUGCAGUUUAGCAUAAUCACCUUUGACGUCCUCCUCUUGAGUAGCUCUAGUGGGAACUGGACUCUAAUGAACAUUCCUUGUGUUGGCAAUGGUUGCUUUUUUAGAAUCUGGGUCUGUGUUUUUUUGGGGUUGUUUUUUUCUUUUUUUAAGACGACUCCCCUGUUUGAAGGCAAAUACUGCUUUGUACAUAUUACAGUAGCUUUCACCUCUGUCAAGCUAGCUGUUGUUUUCUGUCUCUGAUGUACUUUCAAUUGCUUUAGGAACAAUUGGAUGGUAAAUAAUGCCUUAAAUACAUUGUCUAGUACUAGGAGAGGCAAUGAAAUAUUACCGAUUCCUACAAAAUUAGACUCCAGGUUUGUAAGUGUCCACUUUCCCUCUCCUGGCAGCUGUGUACAACGGUAUGUUUCCAUGUGAUUAAAAACAGGGUGUGUAGCUCAAGUGCUGUUGAAGCGGGCACAGUGCAAACUAUGUCAGCAUUGUCUGUUUUUUUCCCUUCUAUCUGCAGAUUCACUACAUUGCUUCCUUCCUCUUUACUACGCUUUCCUUCCAAAAUGUGUCAAACCUGCCAGCAUUUCGUCUCCGGAAUGCUUGUUUCCUUUCUCCCUCUUCCACCCAAAGCAACCAAAAAAGCAAAACCCUGAAUGUUGUGAAGAAAAGGCAGUGUUUCCUUAAAGAAGACUUGAACUUUACAUGAAGGAUUCAAAAGGAUAACUUUAAAACAGUGGAAUCCUUUGGAAAUGCCACCUUUUUUUCCUCUGGUCACCCUCUCCCUACCUCACUUGGGAAGUUGAAACUAUAGGUGAAGAAAAAAUCAUUGUGGGGCAAUAGUUUAUAACCUCUACUUUCUCAUGGGCCAAUCUAUAUAGUUCCAGUGUAAUGUGAUUAUUUUUUGAUGCUGGUCCACAUGUGCUAGGAGUACAGUUUUAUCUGUCAGCCUUUUUUUUCCUUUGAACUAAAAAACAGCAAAACCCUACGGGCCUUUCCACACUUUUCUGCACUCAAGUGUCUCUGACGUGGUAAGAAGCAGGCACUGUCACAAGAGAGGUUCAGGGUUCCCCGGCACCUUUUAAAAGCACACUCUGGUGUAGUUCUGGGUGUAUAAACUGUGACCUGGAAGCGUUUCCUGCCCUUGGUAGGGAUCUGGGAGCACUGUCCAGCCUGGCACCGUGUGGGAUGGGCAGGGAAGCAGUUAGCGCUCGUCCUUCAGUCCCCCUGGCAACUCUGAUCUGCCCCGUAGGCUAAAAUCAGCUGUUUUCUGCAUGAUGCCAAGUCUUACGUUGUAGAUUGCUUUAUUAUUACCGUUUUUAUCCUUACACGUGGUGUCCCUUCCGGGUGGCUGUCCCAGUGGUGUCGGUCUGUGUGGAGGUGCCGGGAGGUGGGCAGCCACCGGCCGUACCUGGAUCGUUGUCACUCGGGGGGUGACGCUCCUGCGGUGUGACCAGCAGCUCCGCCAGCAGUUGCCCGCUGCAGCCCCACUGUCAGCCGUGGAAUAAACGCUUCUGAAAAGUC